AUGGAAGACUCAGCUGGCCGCCAUCCGAAAGCAUGUUUAACGUGCGCCAAGGCUAAAGUCCGAUGUUCACCAGAGGCCGACGGGCCGUGCCAACGUUGCCGCCGCUUGGGUAAAGAAUGUGGCAAUCAACUACCUGGCGCUCAUCGGCGCCCAAAAAAAUUAGGAACAAGCAGCUCCGACGUCGCUAUAUUGGAAGCAAAACUUGAUCGCAUGGUCGCUAUGCUAGCUGCCUCAGAACGAACUGCCCGAGAACGGGUAGAGGCUGAUUCAACUCCAAGAUCAUAUUCUGCCAGGGAAGAGAGUGCCGCAUCUCCCGGUGACACCGACAGCCAGCUUUUGAUGGAGGUGUUCAUGAACAGAAUGCUGCCUCUCUUUCCCUUUGUGGUGAUAUCUGCGCAUGUCACCGCAGAAGACCUGCGUCGAGACAAACCAUUUCUGUACAUGAAUAUUGCGAUGAUUGCAUGUCCGAAUGCCAUACGUCAACGUGAAAUUGCCGAUGCGAUGCAAGAAUAUGUAGCAGAGCACAUCAUCAUCAAAGGAGAACAAAGCCUGGAUUUACUCCAGGGUCUUCUUGUCAAUGUGACUUGGUUCACGACCGUCAGCCGUUUCCCACGGGGUACUGCUUGGUGUGAAAACAAUUCUGAUACGACAAGAUUCGAGACAGAUGCUCGCCAUGUUAUGCGCAACACUGCUCAGGUUGAUAAUUUUGUACAUCUCCUUGUGGCUCAGUCAGUGGGCUUGGGUUUAAACCAGGAGCCUGCUUACCAGAAAAAUCUCAACUAUCCGUUGACUUAUAUAAGAGAGACCAUGCAAGGGGACAUUCACAAUCCUAUACGCACACUGGAAGAGCGUCGAGCUUACCUUGGAUGCUACUAUAUGACUACGAUGUAUGUUCUUGAUCGAUCCCAACCAUGUUAG